CUAAAGAGGUAGAAAAGAAGAAAAGAUGCCUGAGGUACGAUAAUCCUCAGCUAGCAACGUUACUUGGUGUUGUCCUCGGAGCAAUGGUUGGCGCUGGCUGGCCUCGGCUGCUUCCUGCUACACUAUGAACCUCCCCACCCUUAAGCAAGAUGUCUAGUGUUAGUGAUGGCAAUGAAACCCUGGCUAAGGUUGAUGGCGAGAGCAGCGAGGGCAGCCCUGUGCAGCCCUUCCCUCAGCUCCUGCCGGUGAAGGGGCUUAACCAAGUCCUGACAGCCCUGACCCUGCCUAGGACAGAGUCUGAAACCAGCUGGAUACUCCCGGGCAAGGACACGGAGAAGACUCCCACAAGCAGUGCCAGCAGCAGCCUCGGGGUGUGUAAGGGGUGCCACCGACGCCACAGCGAGGUGGGGCAAGGUGCCAGAGGGGGCCGGGAGCCACCCCUGCUGGAGUACUCCCUGGCCAAUCUGCACCUCUCCCCGGGCAAGAAAAAACCACUGCUGCGACGGAGCAAACUGGCUGCACUCGGGGCCCAGUUCAGCUGUGAGGUGCGCGGCAGUGACGGUGGCGGUGGCCUCGGGACUAUAACGGAGCAGGUGACCGCCAGCAAGGAUGUGUGCGCCAGUGUGGAGGCCACCGUGGAGGCUGCGGCAGAACAGCGUAACAAUCAAAAGAUGCACGGUGGUGACUUACUCUUAAGCCCGAGGAAGUCUGCAGCGGAAGCCCCUCUGCACAUUCCUAAGUCAGGGGUGUUCGAAUUAGUCAAUAAAUCAGCGGAGACUGAAGACUUUGCCACUGUGUGCCAGGGCAGCAAGCCGUGGGUGGAGAACAGGCCCAGCCCCACCAAGAAGCUGGAGUUUUCCUCGCACGGCUGUCGGCACAGAGGCGGCCAGCCCAAGUCCAGGCGCAUGCUGUACAAGAGGCGGUGUCGGCGGAGGCUGGCGGAGGUGGAGUUGCCGGACUUGAAGAGUCUGUCCAUCACGGAGGUGGGGGCAGUGCGGUCCUGCUCCCAGCAGGCACGCAGCCCCGACUACGAGGACGUCACCAUGGACGAGCUGGCCGCCUACCUGGACAACUUCCUGUACCUGCCCAAGAAAAUGUCCCACAUGGCCGAGAUGAUGUACACCUGAGGCUGCGCGGGCUGCCUCGUGCCGCGGACGCUGGUGGAGGGUGCCUGGGAAGGCUGGCUGAGUGUGUCCUUGUCAUGAGGGCUAAACAUCCAUGGGUCGGUGAUCUGGGCUCAUGUUUGCAUCCAUGUUGUUUGUCCUUGAGAAGUUGAACUUAUGGAAGAAAGUCAAAAAGCAUCAUUCAUCAGCCAUGACUAUAAUUAUGGCAGUAAUUGCAGCAUUUCUCUUCCCUUUGGUAUUGUUCUGGCUCAAAAGUUCAAUAAAUUUAACUGCAAAACAUUUAAUGCACACUAAAGGCUGUGCCUUGGACAUGGAUACAGACGUGGGCAUGGGCCACUAAUCCUAGACAUGUGGAUGCCAUGCUUAGUGCUCUAAAACUUUACUGUGGUAUUAACUUUUUUGUCUGUUUGUGAGUUCUUCAAGGUGUGUUUGGCAUCCAGUACUCUGACAGGUCUGGGAGGGGGAGAGGAGAGCGCCGCUGCCCUGCCAGCCACGCCCACCCCAUUUUCUUGGGGACAGUCAGGGUGGUGCAGACGAGUCACAACCUCGUUGGGCCAGGCCCGGGGUUAACCUCCGGCAGGCUCUCUAUGUGGGUGCCUGGAGAGGGUAGCUGCGUGGGAGCUUGCUUGGGUGACUGUUGGAGGUGGUGGCGGUGAGUGAGUGAAGCGACCUGUUUGCAGGCGUCUGCUCCACGAUAGUUAGUUAUUUAGUUUUCAUGCAAGAGGUUUCUUGUCAAGCAAUGCCUCCAAGAUUUUAUGCAGCUAAUAUUUAUAUGUCCUGUGCAGCAACAGCCCCCUUACUGUGUUGCUUAGAGCUUCAUGUUGCUGCUGGCACAAGGGUUAAGUGAGAAAGGUGUUCUCUAACUUAGAUAUCAUCAUGAUCAUCAGGAGCCAUUGUCCAUUAUAAGAGAGAGCCUUUCCCAGCAUUUUCUGUCCCUCACAGUAAGGUGUUAGUGCUCCUCUCUGCUCCAGCAAAGGUUCUGGUUUCAUCUCUUCCCCGGUUCUUUGUCCAUCGUGAUUUCUUUUAAAAUUCCUGUAUUGCCACUUUUAGUUUGGUUGUCCAUAUAAUUCUAUACAUAGUUAUAAGCUACCCAAGUCCAUUUCUUAUCAAUAUUAUUCACAGUAUGAAGGUUGUAAUGAACAAAUUAAAACCUUUGCUGGAGCACAAUGAUGUAACCUGACAUCAGACAAAGAAAGCUGUAAAAUGCUGGUAAAGGCUUUUGUUUUGCAGUGGACCAGAAAUGGGUGAUGAUUCAACUUGUAAGCUGAAGCACCCACCCAUUAUGCCAUGCCUGAGCGAGUGACACACACCCCCACACAGCCCAGACCUACUCCCCACUGUGGGUCAGAUUGUUGGUCAAGGCACCUCACUGUUUCUUGAGUCAGUCACUUGGCAGUCAUGAUGAAGGCUGGAAGGUUGUUUUGAUGGGAAGAGACACGCUUGGAAUUGGAUAACUUGAAAAAUUGUCUCAUAAUCGGAUGUAUGAUGCAUUAGGUACGAUGAUCCUUAAUUCUCCACAAUGUCAGAAGUACCAGUAUGCUGAAGUGACUUGCUCUUCACAUAAUACUCCAUACAUCGUAGCCACGGAAGCUGACAAGAAGAACCUUCCUAUUUUAAAUUCACACUUCUUGUUUUGACAGCUAUAAGUCAUUCUGAUAUGGGCUCGCUGGUUGGGACUGUGGCAUAUGGGGUCAUUGUUAUUAUUUGGCAUAUGGAAUUGCUGUUUACGGGCUUUGGCACAUGGGGUCACUUUUUAUUUUGCAUAUGGAACUGUGGCAAAUUAGGUCACUACUUGACUUAUGGAAUUUCUGUAUUGGGGCUGUAGCAUAUGAGGUCACUUUUUAUUUGGCAUAUGGAACUACUGUUUAGGGGCUGUGGCAUAUGAAGUCACUUUUUAUUUGACGAAUGGAACUGCUGUUUAGGGGCUGUGGCAUAUUGGGUCACUUAUGGUGUGGCAAAUAGGGUCGCUCUUUUGAUGUGGCGUGUGGGGUCACCGUUUUGGGGCUGUGGCUUGGCGUUUAAGACUGGCUGCUCUUUUGGGUCAGGCAGCAGCCCUUGGGUCUGAACUGCAUCACCCUAGUUUGUCAUUUCCAGGGUUUGAUGGUCUGAUCCAGUCCACCGCUGUGCCCGGCUUGGAGUUAAUGCUAAAUGCUACACAAGGCAGCUAUAGGAGGAAUGACUUGGGUGAUCUAUUAUUUAAGAUGAAGUGAGAAAAAAAAGAGCCCUACAGCGAGUGGGAAAAAGUGAGAUCUAUUAUUUACUUCUAUAUACUCGUGUAAAAGUCAGUCACGUGAAUCUUAACUCCCCUGGACCAUGAUAUGUUAGCCUGUGGAAUAAAUUUAUAUCCCUCUAGUGAAGGAAUAUCCAUGUUGAAGAUAACCUCUUAAACUUGGCCUUGGAAAAAACAAAAGCGAGCAAAUAAGCUCAGGAGUAUGUAUGGUGUGCAGUGAGGGAAUGUUGCUGAGAAGAUCCAAAACACCAGGUCAAGGAGACAACCAUGCUAGUGGGGAGAGGAGGGCAGUGUGCUUAUACUUGUUGCCUACAUAGAAAGGGAGGAGCACUUUGAAACAGCUCAACACUUGUGGUGCAUAGGAGUCACAUAUUGGUUGUCAUUUUGUAUGGAAGAAAUAAGAAAUGUUCUGCCCCUUGAUGACUUGAAAACCAUCGCUCUAGAGUCAGAGAAUAAGAGUGACCACAUGAUAAGCAUACAUUCUACCUGUCUGACUAUCUACAACUUUGUCAAAUGUUUUCUAUCAAAUGUCAUGAGUUUUUUUUUCCGCCUUAGCCGUUUGAGACUUGCUUGUCCUACCAGAUAAUUUUUGGUUAACUUUUGUAGCACUAUUUUUUUUAUUUAUUUAUUUAUUUAUUUUUUCCAUUUUCGCUCAGCCCAUAGCGUCGGUAGGCUUUCUCGUUGGGCCUGUUGGUUGGCCCCAGCCCGUUAGUGGUGCGGGCAAAUAUUUUUAUAAUGGCGCCAUUCUUCCUUGGCUCAUGCUGCCCCCCAGAGCUCCACUUGAUCCUCUUGAGAGAGUUUUGCCGAGGUUUGGGUUGCUAGGUGAUCUUGAGGACAGCGUGUGGGCUGUCUUCGGCCACUCGGCAGUGGCUACAAGUCGUCAACUUGGGGUGGUGGGCGGGACUGAAUGUGGUCUGCCCACUCACUGACCUCUUAGUCACUGCCUCCCCAAACUGCUCUGUCAGAUCUUUUCUUAUUCAGGAGCCCACUGUAUUAAGGAGAGGAGGAGGGCAGGACUCUGUAAUAUAAUGUACAUUGGCAAGUAAGGAAGAUUAUAGGGCUUACACUUGAGGCUAGUUGCACAUGCUCAUUAGAUGGAGGUUUUAUGGUGGAGGUUGGUAACCAAGGCGGGGUGAAGAGGGAGCUGAUCACAUGUACCACAAAGAAGGUUACAAUUACAACCUAUCCUCUAAGACAGUCUAUUUCUAGGGAGAUAAAGCAGGUGGCUCACAAAGAAGUUAUGCUCAUUAAGGGCCCUCACACAAGUGAGUUUUUGCUGUCACAACAAUCUGCUUGUGGUGUAGCUGCUAACAAGUGUUUGUUUCCUGCUGGCAUUGCUCAGACAUUCAGGCAAGCAGUCGUCACUAUUCUUGUCAUCGGAAAAUUCUUGUAGUUGCAAGUCAUGGAAGGCUUGGCAAUCUUGAGGUAUUAGUACUGGCUCAGAUCAACAGCCACCAUGUCUCAGCCAUGGCAGCAAAGCCUGUCUUAAGUCUGGGUAAAGAUAAAAUUGCAGCCAGCAGCAAAAAAUCUCUUGUGUGAAAGCCAUGACGUGAGCGUUGAGGUGCAGGCGUAUCCAUUGUGUUGAUGACGUGUUAAGUGUCAGGGGAAGGGAAGGAGGCAGGUGAUGUCUGCAGCCUGCCACUGUCAGCUGAGGGCUGUCAGGGCAGACCUCACUUGGACUGGUGUGAACAAACUUGACUGUCAGGCUGGGUGGCAGGAGCCAGGUGUCAUCAAAAUACAAAGUAUGUUCUCUGUGAUCACAACAUUUGUACAUAAAUAUCCUAGUGUUUUUGUCCUUCAAAGCAAAAUUCAAGUACAAUUUAAGAAAGCCUUCCUUGGUAUGGAGCAGUUGCCAAUACAUGAUAUACAAGAUAUGUAUAUACAUAUAGUAUGAUUUAUAAUCAUCUCUCCUAUUUGAACUACUACAGUGAAAAAAGAGGUUAUAUAUGUAUUAAAAUAUUACUUAUGCUUGGGAGAUUUAUAAUACUUAAUUUUUAGAUAUAUAAAUGGUAGUGUUCUUCCAAGGCUGUGUUAGCAUCAUGAUCUGAGGCGCCGCGCUGAACCGCCGCUGCCUGUCAUAUAGACUUGUGUAAAAGUUUACCUCCCCGUGGCAGGAGAGGCGCGAGGGAGGAGGGAAAUUAUAACACCCAAAAGUGGUAGAAGCAGCAGUUGUAGUUGUAGUGGCAGCAGUGUAGUAACACCCUCCCAGAGAAUUUGCCUCCAUGAAAAACUUGGCCUUAAACAGUUGUUAAAAAAAAUAACUUUUACACAUAGUUUAUAUGGUAGUCAUUUAAGCUCAUGCUGUGGGGAAAGGAAAAUAUUGUACUAUAUAUAAUUUUGUGCUAAGUAUUUUGUAUCCAUGGAACUUUUCUUUUUCUUGUAUCGUUAUUUUCAUGGUUUUACGGAAUGAAUUAUAGAUUGAUGACCUUCA